AUGAGUAAUCUGCAAUUCGCUUGCAAUGUCUGCAAUGUGCGGUGUGAUACUGAAAAUGUUCUCAGAUUACAUGAACAAGGCAAAAAGCAUCGUUUAAAAUGCCUUAGUUUGCAAAAAUCUAACUCAGUCAGUCAUAUUCACCAACCAUUGAAAGUUUCACUACCAGUACUUACCACACCUGAAUCAACGUCUCCCAAAGAUCUAUCUUGGGAUAUGUGUAAGCCAUCUUCUAGAACAUUGACAAGUUCAACUCCUGAUCAUGAAUCACCUGUAAACAUGGUUUCUGUUGAUUCGAACUCAAAAUAUUUUAAUGCAGAUAUGAAGCGAAAAUUUUUGUUACCUGAUGGCAGUCUCUUUUGUUCUUCGUGUGAUGUAAAAAUGAAUUCUUGGGAGCAAUUAGCCGCUCAUAUUGGUGGACGUAAACACCAAAGUAAAUCAAAUGUCAACACAACAGACAGCAAAAAUUUGGAAACCACAAACACAUUACUGGAUGGCGGUGAUUCAAAGAGUAUUUUCUAUCGAUGUGAAGAUUGUGAAGCGAUAGUAUUUCGUUCAGCGAUGCAAGAACAUUUAAACUCUGAAGAGCAUAAAUUGGGAACUGCCAAAAUCCAUGGAAGCUCAGUAAUAGGUUUCGAUUAUAUCCUUCCACUACGGGAAUAUCGUCGCUCGUGUCAAGAAGUUUUGUGUCCUGUAUGGCCUUCAGUGAAAUUUACUGAUGCGGAGGCUAACCUGUUAAUGGAAGCAGCGAAGAAUGAUGAUGAUUGUAUUUUACUCUUGUCAUCAUGUGAUGGUCGAUCACGUGUUGGCUUACAUUUAGCCAAUGCCCUGUUGAUAGCUAAUCGGAAUUUCCCUCCGUCCAAAAAUUUUGGUAGUUCAUGGAAACCGAGUACUAGUACUACUCCGACUGAUAUUACGUGUGUGCUGUGGAUUGCACCUGAGACACCAAUGACUACAGCUACAAAUCGUUCUCAUUCUACGUUCACAUUUCAGCCGGGUGGUGAGAAAAGUUCAACUGGGCGUCCAUUGAUUUUUGCAUAUCCACCGUUCGAUCCGUCAGUCCUAUCAGAAACUGAUAUCGUGAGAACAAAUUCAGGUGGCUUUAUAACACAUUUAUCCUGGUUACUUAUGCAACAGAAGUUUUUAUGCGGUAUCAUUAUCGAGGAUGUGGAAAUUGUAUCUAAAGAUGUAGAGUUUUGUCAAUUGCUCACAUGUUUUCUAAAAGUUUACUCUCGUCAGGCUAAUCGCGGUCGAAUAAUUUGUUUCAAUGAAUCAAAAGUUGAACCUGGCAGUAUAUUCUCGUCUUUCGCACAGUACGAGUAACAUGAAUAAAUGAUGAAUAUUAUUGUGACAGUUGAUGGCGAGGAGGACGAUGAAACAUACGAAAAUUGAUUCCAGUGUUAAUUAUUCAGAUUUUUGUUUUGCUAAUUAUAAUCAGUUCUGAUUGGUGUUUCUGUAUAUUUUUUUUCAACUUCUUUCAUGACUACUAAGUACCAUUAUAACAACAACAACAACAACUACUACUACUACUGAGACGAGACUUUGAUGUUUUGUUUGUCUGCUUAUUUGCUUGCUUUCUGGAACAAAUUAGAAUCAUGCUUGUAUAAUUUUUAAAAGAAAAUCGCUUGAUUCGCUUUUGCUGCUCUCUUUGCUUUUCUUCAUUAUUCAUACAUCGAAAAAAGACUCGUCCCUGAACUACUACUGGUCUGCUGUCUAUUAAUGUUCGAAUGCGGGAUUUUUCUUCAUUUUGUAGUGUGUAAAUUAGCGCUGAAUUCUGAUCGAUCACUUCCUCCCCCUCCUCCGCCUCCUCAUCCCACCUUUUUCCGGGUUAAAUUAUUCUUUAGUUUUUUUUAUUGUCUCACUCACAUUUUAUUGAAAUUAAUUGAAUAAAAUAUGUUUGUUGA